UAGCAACCGGGAGAAGCUGCGAGACCAGGCCAAGCAGUCUGCAAGUGCGUUUUCCCAGAGUCUAAGGAACCUGCGCAGACGACGGUCCUGGACAAGGGCCAUUGCUAGUUGCCAUCCCCAAAUCCCCGGGGGCUCUAGGUCCCCAACCCAGUCAUGACGUCUCCCCUGUGCUGGGGUGCCGCCACCAAAGACCGGUCUUCUCAGGACCGGGGUUCGACCUCCAAUGCCAAGGGCGGUCAGACUCUGGCCAAGCACCUCCACUCCCAAGGCAGGGGCGCGGCCCUCGCUUCGCUUCGACGCCAGGCCAAGGAGGGAUACCUUCUCACCCGUCGGAGGACGUUCAGCGGGAACCCUCAGGUGGCACAGUUACUAAAGAAGCUACAAAUGUUAGAGGGUGAAAGGAAGACCUUUUAUGAGAACAGCCAGUGGAAGAUCAAGAAAAAUAAGCAGACCAUCAAGAGGCUCCAGGAGGAGACCAGGGUGAUGCAACUGCAACUGACAGACUUGCUGCAGGGAGAUGAGAAGGUGGUCCAGGCAGUGAUUCGGGAGUGGAAGUCCGAGGAGCCGUACCUGAAGACCAGGACUGCACAGCAGGCCCUGGAGUACCUGGAGCACCAGCUGAGGGAGAAGGUGAAACAGCUGAACGCCCUACGACACAAGGUGGGUCAGCGGCAGAAGCGUCUGGAAGAGCUCCAGCUGCAGUACAGGCUCCGAGAGCUGGAGCGGGCAGAGGCGAAAAGUGGCAACACGGAAGAGGCCAAGACCUUGCUGAACCUGGAGAACCGCCUGGAGAAGGCCCGGAUGAAGGCGCAAGAGGCCCAACACAUCACCAACAUAUACCUGCAGCUGAAGGGCCACCUCCAGAAGGAGAGCCUUCACUUGGAAAGCCGCCGGGGCUUCAUGAAGGCCGAGGUGACGAAGACAAAACGUAAACGAGAGGAGCUGCAAGUGGCGAACCGGGAGGCGUUCCUCGCACGAGAUAUCGCCAAGAACCAGCUGCAGCGUUUGGAGGAGUCCGUGUACCUACAGCGCAAGAAACGCGAGCAGUACAUAACCCAGUGCAAGAAGCUCGCGGAGGAGAAGAAGCAGGAGACCGAACGCCUGGAGCGCAAGGCCCAGCGCGAGCACCUGCUGCGGCAGUCCGAAGAGUCGGUCCUGGUCAACCUGCGCGCCAAGGAGCAGGUGCUGUAUCGGCGCUGGAGCGUGUACCAGAGGGAGCUGCUUUUCAGCAGGAUCAAGGGCGUCACCGGCGAGGCUGAAGCCCACGGAAUGGUUAGGCAGUUCCUGGCACAAGAAGACACCUUCAAGCAAUUGAAGGCGCUCAAGGACGAGAAUGAGCAGAAGCUGCUGAGGCUGAAGCAAGAGGCCCAGCAGUUGCAAGAAGAGUUCGCAGGCCUCAAGUACUCGGGGGAGACCACACUGGUGAGCCAGCAGAAGCUACAGGCUGAGUUGCAGAAGCGCCUGCAGGCCGAAAAGCGGCGGCGCACCGAGGUCCAGGAUAAGCUGGAACUCACCAUUCAGAUGGCACAGACCACGAAGGAGGGUCUCGAACACCUGGCGCGCAAGCUGAAGCGCAUCAGAGUGGAGGACAGCAGGUUCGCAGGAAAGAAGCUGGACCCCAAGGCCGGUGACUAUCUGCUAGACCUGAUGGGCCGCGUGGAAGAAAAGCUGCUGAAACUGCAGGCGCAACUCGAGAGCAAGGGUCUUGCCGGGAAGUUGGACCUCCUCGCCGACGGCGAGUUUUACUCCACCCUAGAGGGAAGGCUGCCCCGGCACAACACCCGCAUCGCUCUGUUCCCCUCCCGUCGCAGGGACAGGUUCUUCGAUGAAGACGAGAGUGAGGAUGACGACGACAGCGUGGUGACCCGGGAGGAGCUUAAGAUCCUAUCCCAGAGACUGAUUGAAUCCCGCCGCAAGAAGCGCCACCGUUCUCGGAAGUCCUAGGCUCACUCUCACACCCACCCCAGCCCCGUGCAUUCGGGCCCUUCCGGAGCUCCCAACCCCUCUGGGUCCAGCCUCAGGCCCACGGGCCUCUUCGAGGGCUAAACCCGGCCGGCACAAGGGAGCGGAGCGGGCCAGUGGCGCCGGGAGUAGAGGAGGGGGCAGGGCCGCCGGACGUUCCCACAGUAAAUCUUCCAAGGCAGGCCCGCCCUGGCCUCGGAAUCGCUCAAUAAAGGUCACCAACCAGC